GCUAGGCAGAGCUGUGCCUGACGUGGAUCUUGCGUGCCUACUCGACUUGCGGUGCGUGCGCAAAACAUCAGCUUCCCACCUCUCGUCAUCAUCACCAACCAUCCUCCCCCGCUUGCAUUCGGCCGAUCGAGCACUCCUAUCACGGGCUCUUACCAUAAGGCUUGUGAUUUAGACUCUACUGCCUAGUGUUAUAUUCACCAAUUCCUGUCGACUGCCGCCUCCCAUCGCUAUCCCCCACAACCGCCGAGCUUAGUCGCCACGAUGCAGGGCCUUGUGUCAGCAACCGGUGUUCUGGCUUUCCUCUCCGAGGACGAGCCCGAGCUCAAGGUCUUUGCUCUCCAGACCCUCAACGAUGACAUUGAUACCGUUUGGACCGAAGUAGCUGGUUCCCUUAGCGAAAUCGAGGCUCUUUACGAAGACGAAUCCUUCCCCGAACGACAGCUCGCCGCCCUCGUCCUCGCCAAGGUCUACUACCACCUCCAAGCAUACAAUGACAGCAUGGUCUUCGCGCUUGCCGCGGGCGAUAUGUUCAAGCUCGACGAACCUGGAGAGUUUGAAGAAACCAUCAUCUCGAAGUGUGUUGAUCAGUACAUUGCUGUCAAUGCCGCUCGCCACACUGCCCCCAAAGCUAAGAAGAGCGAUUUGCCUGAACUCUCCACUACCUUCUCCAACGCUUCCGAGAAUGCCGUCAUGUCGCCCACCACACCGUUCUCUCAGACGACCCUCCCUCCCAAGUCGCUCCUUUCCAGAGCUUCCAUGGAAAAUGCGAUGCUUGAGGCCACUUUCCAGCCUCUUACCAAGCAUGGCAAGUCUGGCGGUGUUGGCCAACUUCCCGACCGUGCCACAGAAGCCUCUCUUCAGCGCGUGAUUGAGCGUCUCUUUGCCAGCUGUCUUCAACAAGGCCGCUACCGCCAGGUUGUCGGCAUUGCCAUCGAAGCCAAGAACCUUGCUGUCUUGCGCCGUGUUAUCAAGGCUGCCGCUGAGGUUGAGAAGAAGGCUACUGGUAAGGCUCAGGAUGGCCAAUCUCGACCGGCUGAGGAAUUAAUGGAGUACACUCUGGGCAUCUGCAUGGAUAUCGUCCAAGAGCGCAGCUUCCGUACCGAAAUUCUUCGACUCAUCCUCGACCUCCUUAACGAAAUCCCGAACCCUGACUACUUUGCGAUCGCUCGCUGCGUUGUUUACUUGAACUCGGAUGAAGAAGCUUCCAACAUGCUUCGCAAACUCGUCCACACAGGCAACCGCACUGCCAUUGCUAACGCCUACCAAAUUGCAUUCGACUUGUACGACAACGGUACCCAAGAAUUCUUGGGCAAGGUUCUUGCUGCUCUUCCAUCCGGCCAGGCUAAGAAGACCGAAGAGAAGGAAGACGCCGACGAAAAGGAUGCGCUGUUGGACAAGGAUGAAGAGGAAUCUUCUGAGGAGGAGGACGAAGAUCUUUCCGAAGCCGAAGCCAAGGUCUACAAGAACAUUAGAUCCAUCUUGGACGGUUCCAAGACCAUUCGCUUGAACCUUGAGUUCCUUUACCGCAAUAACCGCACUGAUGCUUCUAUUCUUAACAAGGUCCGCGACAGCCUGGAAGGUCGCAGCUCUAUUUUCCACACUGCUGUUACCUUCUGCAACGCAUUCAUGAACCAAGGCACAACAAACGACAAGUUCUUCCGCGACAACCUCGAAUGGCUCGGCAAAGCCGUCAACUGGUCAAAGUUCACUGCUACUGCCGCCCUUGGUGUUAUCCACCGCGGUAACCUCUCCCAAUCCCGAAAGCUUCUCGAACCCUACCUCCCCCGCUCUGGCGGCCUUAGCAGCGGCUCCAUCUUCAGCCAGGGUGGUGCUCUGUACGCUUAUGGUCUCAUUCAUGCCAACCACGGUGCCGAUGCUCUGGAGUUUCUGAAGGAACAGUUUGUCCAGGCCGAGGAGGAAGUCGUCCAACAUGGUGGUGCACUUGGUCUUGGUAUUGCGGGCAUGGCUACUGGCGAUGCCGACAUUUUUGAUAAAUUGAAGGAAGUCCUUUUCCAGGACUCCGCCCUCAAUGGUGAGGCUGUUGGUGUCUCCAUGGGUCUGAUUAUGCUUGGAACUGGCAAUGUCAAGGCUCUUGAGGAUAUGAUCACCUAUGCUCACGAAACAACCCACGAAAAGAUCGUUCGUGGUGUUGCCAUGGGAAUGGCCCUCAUCAUGUAUGGCCGCCAGGAAGGCGCCGAUGUAUUGAUUGAUGGUCUUCUGAAUGACCCUGACCCAACCCUCCGCUAUGGUGGUAUCAUGACUGUCGCCCUUGCUUACUGCGGAACUGGAAGUAACAAGGCCAUCCGCAAGCUGCUGCACACGGCUGUCAGCGAUGUCAAUGACGAUGUCCGCCGCAUUGCUGUGAUGAGCUUGGGCUUCAUUCUCUUCCGCAAGCCUGGUAGCGUACCUCGCAUGGUUGAGCUGCUCUCCGAGUCCUACAACCCCCAUGUCCGUUACGGUUCUGCUAUGGCUCUUGGUAUUGCCUGUGCCGGAACUGGUCUUGAUGAGGCCAUCGACCUCCUUGAGCCCAUGAUGAAGGAUCCCACUGACUUUGUCAGACAAGGUGCUCUGAUCUCCCUCGCCAUGAUCAUGGUCCAGCAGAACGAGGUCAUGAACCCCAAGGUUGCAUCCAUUCGCAAGACGCUAAAGAAGGUUGUUGGUGAUCGCCACGAGGAUGCCAUGACCAAGUUUGGUGCUUCCCUCGCCCUGGGCAUCAUUGAUGCUGGUGGUCGCAACUGCACUAUUGGCCUGCAGACCCAGACCGGAAACCUCAACAUGGCCGGUAUCGUUGGUAUGGCCAUCUUUACACAGUACUGGUACUGGUUCCCCUUCACCCACUUCCUUUCACUGAGCUUCUCCCCCACUGCCAUGAUCGGUCUUGACCACAACCUCGACAUGCCAGACUUCAAGUUCCACUGCGCUACAAGACAAAGUCUGUUUGACUACCCCCCUGAGCAGGAAGUCAAGGCCGAGGAAGGCCCUGCAUUGAUUGCCACUGCCAUCCUUUCCACCACUGCUCAAGCUAAGAGACGCGCACAAAAGAAGGAGCGUGCCCAGCGCCGGGAAAGCAUGGACCUGGACCCCACCCCUGGCAAGGCUGAUGACAAGAUGGACGUUGAUGAGGAGAAGCCCAAGGAGGAGGCCAAGGAUAAGAAGGAGGGAGAUCAGGAAUCUGCAACAGAGACCAAGAAGAAGCCUGAGAAGGAGAAGGUGGGAUACGAAGUCGAGAACAUGACCCGUAUCCUGCCUGGCCAGCUCAAGUACAUCAGCUUCCCUUCAAGCAGAUACAGGCCUGUCAAGAAGCCCACUGGCGGACCUCUGCUGCUACACGAUACUCAACCUGAUGAGCCCAAGUCGUUACUUGAAGAGAAGCUUAAGAAGGUUACCACAGAGCGUGCUCCUGUCGCCGGUCAACAGCCCGGCCGCGGCGGAGCUGGCCGCUCAGGCCAGGGCAACCGCUCAUUGCUGGAUGGCUUGAUUGACGGCCGAGGCGGAACUGGUAGCGCCAUGAUGGACCAGCUUCUGCGCGGCCAGGGACGUAGCCCGUUCGGCAUGGUCGACCCCCAGACUCCUGUCCGCGGAGGACAUGAUGAGUCUGGCGCUGGUGCGGCUGCUGCCGCGGCUGUUCUUACAGCUGUCGAUGAGGACGAAGAGGAUGACGAGGACGCCCCCGUCCCCAAGAAGUUUGAAUACUUUACCGAUGAGGAAGAGGACUCUGAUUAAGAGCCACAAUCAUGAUGGAGGAUACGUCAUUCCUAUAAAAAGAAAUUAGACAAUAGUUGGAGACGUAGGAUAAUCUACUGUGUACAACAAACAAAAAUAUAAUUUUACUACAAUCACGUUGUUUUAGAGUGCGCACAAGUGAAAUAAUGAUCAAUGUUAUAUUAUAUGCUCUUCAACAAAAGGAUCUCGUAUGACUGUGCUCACUGCACAUAAAUGCAUGGCUGGAUAAAAUAUAUUGUAGUAAUAUGUACUGGUCUAGGCGCUUUUUCCUGUAGUCUUCUUCUUUUCCUCCUCGCACUCAGUGCAGACUUGCAUCCUGUGCCACGCGUUGGCCAGGUUUCCUCGCACGUUCCAAAUGGCGGCCUGCGUAUCGGGCUGCGUGUUGUAUACCUCGUCGGUGGCCUUUACCACGACUGUAGUGCAUCGCUUCUUCGGCUCUUCAUUACUAAUGUUGUCGCCGAUAUCCUUCUUCUCGUACUCGGUAAAGGCAGAGCGAGGCAGAGCUGUGUUGAACUUCCAGCGCUUCCAUGCCCAGUCGGCGCUGCCGCGUUCUGGAGCAUUCUCGUCUUUGUGGUCGGGAAGGAUUGUCGCCUGGGACCAUGAGUUGCCAUUAUCGACGGAGAUGUCAACUCGAAUAAUAGAACGGCCGCCUCCAGAGAAGGCGUACCCGCUAACGUCCAAAUCUUGGGUCGGCUUCGGCGUUUCUUGAUCAUUUGAUGGUGCAGCCACCUUGGGUUUGUCUAACUUCGCUGUUGUGAUUGCACUUUGAAUGGGCAUUUCUUGGAUAGCGGGAGCGGCAUCCCAAUCAACCUUCGUCUCGUUGGGGCCGAAGCACUUGUAGUCGCGUCGCUGGAACUGGCUCAUGCUUUCUUCUUCACUCAGUGUGAUGUGCGAGAGCCACUUGACGGAUCGUGCUGCCACAUGGCCAGGGACAAUGGUGCGGAGAGGAAAUCCGUGGUCUCUGGGUAAUGUCUGGCCAUUCAUGCCGUAUGCAAGAAGGACGUCGCCUUGCGGGUCGACUGCUUUCUUGAUAGGAAUAGAUGCACCGUACGCCUCCAUAGCAGAAAAGUGUACGUGCUUCACUUCACUUCUUCCAAGCAUGGCCUCGUCGUUUUUGAAUCCGGCGUCGGCAAGAACAUCAGCUAGCGAAACUCCCUCCCAAGAUGCGUUGGAAAUGGCACCGACUUGCCAUGGGAGACCAUUGGUCUUUCGUCCGGAAUCUUCGCUCAUGUGUCUGCGGCGAUUGCCAGAGCAUUGUAAUACAGCUGUAACUUGGCGCUUGGGGAACUUGGUUUUGAGGUCCUUGAGUGUGUACUCCUUGGUCGUACCGUCAAGCAUCUCAAUAGUAAGGCAGUAUGCGUCUGACUCUUUCUCGGGCACCACGGGAACCCACAUGUGGUUUCGAACAUAGAAGAGGUCGUUUGGCGUGAGGAAACUAUCGCUAAUGGCUUGUCCUGGAGUUUCGGCGUUUCGUGGUGUUGCUGUUCGUGUAAUUAAUGCAGGGUUUCGUUCUGGGUCCUGUGCAAAAGGGUCCUCGAUAGCAUCCUGUGGGGGCUUGCCAUCGAUGAGAUCUGCUGAGUGAACAUAUCCAAUGAGGUAUUGCUCAAGAAUAUCAUAAACAUAUUGUUGCUUGUGGAUGGCGAAGAGGUCCCAGUAUCGGUCAAUGGAGCCACCAGCGGCAGUCAGUAUAAUCUUUCCUCCAGGAUGGGCAGCCACCCAGUCGGUAAUAUCGUAUACUUUAUCUCCUCGAGUCACCCAUGGGUGUUUCGAUUUACCAUCGUGUUCUUUGACUUCUGAUAGACGGAACCGAGGAAGUGCGUGAUCCCGGUUAUCAGCGAGCUUUCGCACCUCCUCUGUCUCUCUGAAGACGCCGUUAAAUGGGAAUAGUACGCUAGGUGCAUCGAAGGAAGCCUGGGGAGAUAAUGAUAUUCCGAUACAGAAUGACCCAAUACCGGCACCAACUAAUAGGGCGUUGUGGAAAGGGAAUCGGGUUCUGGCUUUAGGUGUUUUAGGUACUGAUGAGGUGAAGUUGGUUUUGAAAGUAUGCAGAGCCUGGCGCGCGGAUGGGCACUGAGCUGGUCGAACACACGUUUUCUUGGGCACUGCUCGGCAGAGCAAACGAAAAGGCGUAGGUGUACUCAUGUUGUAUACUAAGUGAGUGUACGCGUCGUUGAUUCCUUACGGCAGACGCAUCGGGUGAAGGCGAGAAGGUGAAGCACAACUCCAAGG